AUGCUCACCCGGUCGUCGAGCGGCACCUCAGCGGAUGCUCGCCUCCAGCUGCGCCAGAUCGCCGCCCUCGCGCGACAAGUCCCCGCUGGCCGUGCCGCCCGCCGCCGCCAUGGCGCGGCGCAUGGCCUUAUCAGUCGCGCCCACCGCCCGAUAGCCUCGGGGCGGCACCGGCAACAUCGCCGUCCAGCAUCCGCGCGUCAGCGAGCAGCCGGGCAGCGCGCUGGUCCUCAGGAUCACGUGCCACCAGCGAAAGGCGGCCUGUUCGCGCCGCCCCGGAUAGCCGGCGGCGAGAUCGGCCUCGACCAAGGCGCGGGCGACGUCAGCCUUCGGAUCGCCGUCGCUGACCGGCGCCGUCACCACCGCAUCGGCGGCAGGCUGGAAGGCGACGAUCAUCGCCGCGCCGAUAAUCCGCGCAUCCAUCGCCCAUCCGCGCAGGUCGCCGAUCGCCGCCCCGACCUGCGAUUGGAACAGCGCCACCGCCUCGGCUCCGAUCGGGCGAUCGGAAUGGACGAUCACCUCGCCUUCCGCUCGCUCCAAAGGUCAGCGCGGUACCGGCAGGCCAGACGAGGCGCGGAUCGCCCGGCGCGACGAUGCGAUGGUCGACGAAGACCAUAUCGGGCACCGUCAGUUGCGGCAUCGCCGCGCCGCCGAGGGGGGCAGAUCAGUGGCGAUCAUGGCGUCAACACCGCCCGUGCCCGCCCGGGCUGCCCGGCCGCGAUCAGCAGCCGUGCCUGCAACGCGGCCAGUUCGGCAUCGCGCGGAGCCGCACGCCGCAUCGCCCGUAACCAGCGCCAGCGCCUCGGCGCGCCGCCCAGCCGGUCGAGCAGCUCGGCCCGUGUCCGCCCGGUGCGCGGUGCCUGCAACAGCGCCCGCUCAGCGGUCGCGCCGCCGCCGCCCGCCCAGUCGGCUUGCGCAUCCGCCAUCAGCCGCAGCGCGGCGGGUCACUGGUGCCUCGACCAGAUAUUCGUGCAGCCAGUCGCGCGUGCGCUCGCAUCCCCCAUUCAGGCCGCCCGGGCGAGUCAGGCCAGUCGCGCGGUCCCGCAAUUCCCGCCGCGAUGCGCCGCUCGGCCAACGCGCGCGCACUGGGCAGGUCGAGCCCAUCCGCCAAUGCCGAGAUACGACGCAGCGCGCGGCUCGAGCGCCCGUCCGUCGAGCAGUGCCGCCAUCGCACGGCGGGCAGCCGCGAUCGCCCUCCUCUUGGGCCCGGUGCAGGCGAAGGAUCGCGAUAUCGGUCCCGCGCCGCCAGCGGAUGGCGCUGCUGCACAAAAACCAGCGCGGUCGCGGGCGUAUCGCGCUCGGCAUAGGCGGCCAGCCAGCGCGCCUGAUCGGCGCUCGAUCCCGCCAGCGCCUGUUGCCGCAACCAUUCGCGAUCACCGGAUGCGGGGCGCGGCCCCAUCAGAUAGAGCAGCCGCUGCCCCACCGCCGAGCCGGGCGAUUGUCCGAUGGCCGCCCGGCGCAACAGCGCGAUUGCGUCUCGCGCGCCGAUCGCCAACAACCGCUCCGCCAAAGGCCGCAUCUGGCUACGCAAUCCAGCGCGAUCGCCGGUCCGCGUCAUCGGGCCGUCCGCGUCCUCCCGCUCUUCGGCAGGCAGACCGCCGAUCGCGCGCAGCACCGAGGCGCUGUCCCCGUCCGGAUCGCGACCCGCAGCGCCAGCCGGUCGCCCCGCCAAUCAGCACCCCGCCCGGUCGAGCUGCGCCAGCCGAUCAGGGCGAUCAGCGCAUAGCCAGUGGCGAUGAUCGCUGCGGGCGGCACGCCGAUGGGGCGCGUGGCGGCGGCGGCCAAAAGCCUCCGCCUCCUUGCGCCGGCCGAGCUUGCGCAACAGAUCGACGCGCAGCAACCGGUCGCGGGGCCGGUGCCAUCGGCCCCGCGCUGCAGAUAGGCGAGCGCCACGGCGGGCGCCCCGCCGCCGCCAGAUCAUAG